AUGCUCAGACUGGAGACCAUCCUCUGCACUUUCUCCGUGCUGUCAGCGGCGGCGGGGGCAGAUCUGCAAGCGCGGAACUGCAGCGAGGUGAGGGAGGUUUGCGUCAGGAGAGGCUUCAGCUUCACGCAUGUUCCUCAGCAGGAGAUCCCAGGGGAACAUCUGCGUGUAUGUCCUCAGGGAAACACAUGUUGCACCCAAGAAAUGGAAGACAAAUUUGGCCAACAGAGUAAACAGGACUUUGAGAAUCUGCUUGAUGAAACAAGUCAUGCACUGCGAACCACCUUCGUCUCCAGACAUAAACGAUUUGAUGAAUUCUUCCUGGAGCUGCUGGAGAACACAGAGAGGUCCCUGAAUGAGAUGUUUGUGAGGACUUACGGCAAGCCUUACAUGCAGAAUGCGGAGGUCUUUGAGAACCUCUUCGCUGAGCUGAAGCGCUAUUACACAGGAGGGAACGUUAACCUGGAGGAAAUGCUUAAUGACUUUUGGUCUCGGCUGCUGGAGCGCAUGUUCACACUGCUCAACUCGCAGUAUGUCAUCACAGAGGACUAUCUGGAGUGUAUCAGUAAGUACACCGACCAGCUCAAGCCCUUUGGAGACGUGCCCAGGAAGCUCAAGGCUCAGGUUACCCGUGCAUUCAUCGCUGCACGCACAUUCGUCCAAGGACUCUCUGUUGGCCGGGAAGUGGCCCAGAGAGUGUCUAAGGUAAGCAGCACUCCUGCUUGCAUAAAAGCGCUGACAAAGAUGCUCUACUGCCCUUUUUGUCAGGGCAUGUUAGAAGUAAAACCCUGCAAAAAUUACUGCCUUAAUGUGAUGAAGGGCUGCCUGGCCAAUCAAGCAGAUCUGGACCCAGAGUGGAACCAGUACAUUGAUGCCAUGCUGCUUGUAGCACAGAGGCUCGAAGGGCCUUUCAACAUUGAGUCUGUCAUGGACCCUAUUGAUGUCAAGAUAUCGGAGGCCAUCAUGAAUAUGCAAGAUAACAGUGCCCAGGUCUCCUACAGGGUUUUUCAAGGCUGUGGCCAGCCCAAACCUGCAGGAAUCACGAGGUCCACUCGUGGUGUAUCGGAUGUGUUCAACGCCCGCUUCAGGCCCUACAGCCCAGAGGAGCCACCCACCACUGCAGCUGGCACGAGCUUAGACAGACUGGUUGUUGACAUAAAGGAAAAACUUAAGCUGUUCAAGAAGUUUUGGUCCGACCUGCCCGAGGCGAUGUGUGUGGAGGACAGAGUGACGGCUGCAAAUGCCAGCGAGGAGGAGUGCUGGAACGGACACACCAAGGGCAGGUACUUCCCUGAAGUCCAGAAGGACGGCCUUACCAACCAGGUGAACAACCCUGAGGUGGCGGUCGACAUCACACGUCCAGACACCUUCAUCCGUCAGCAGAUCAUGGCUCUGCGGGUGAUGACCAACAAGUUGAAAAGCGCCUACAAUGGCAAUGACAUCUACUUUCAAGACUCAAGCGAUGAAGGAAGUGGCUCGGGCAGUGGAAGCGGCUGCACAGAGGCCUGUCCUACAGGCACGUCCGGUGCUGCCACUGAGAUCCCAGUGGUGAAAGCUGACCGGAGCGGGCCUGUGGAUGACUCCGCCCUGCUUUGUGCACCCUCUCUAGCCCUACCAACCACGCUGGCGCUCUUAGCUCUAACUCUGCACCUGCAAUUGAGAUAA